AUGCCCAUGCACUACCCCGUACCCACACACUGCCCCAUGCCAAUGCACUCCCCCAUGUCCAUGCACUACCCUGUACCUACACACUGCCCCAUGCACUACCCCAUACACACACACUGCCCCAUGCACUACCCCGUACCUACACACUGCCCCAUGCACUACCCCGUACCUACACACUGCCCCAUGCACUACCCCAUACACACACACUGCCCCAUGCACUACCCCAUACACACACACUGCCCCAUGCACUACCCCGUACCCAUACACUGCCCCAUGCACUACCCCGUACCCACACACUGCCCCAUGCACUACCUCGUACCCACACACUGCCCCAUGCCCAUGCACUCCCCCAUGCCCUACCCCGUACUCAUACACUGCCCCAUGCCCAUGCACUACCACAUACCCACACACUGCCCUAUGCCCAUGCACUACCACAUACCCACACACUGCCCUAUGCCCAUGCACUACCACAUACCCACACACUGCCCUAUGCCCAUGCACUACCACAUACCCACACACUGCCCUAUGCCCAUGCACUACCACAUACCCACACACUGCCCUAUGCCCAUGCACUACCACAUACCCACACACUGCCCUAUGCCCAUGCACUACCACAUACCCACACACUGCCCUAUGCCCAUGCACUACCACAUACCCACACACUGCCCUAUGCCCAUGCACUGCCCCAUGCAUGACAUUAGCUCUUCUGUGCUCUAG